AUGUUGGGUAACAAUUCGCAGUCUUCAGAUACGGAUAGCGACUAUGAGUCUGUGGUUCAACAUGUUGCUAUUGCUGAUAAUGCAAUGAAAAACAAACCCUUUCUUACUGUCCUGACCAGCGCAGACACCACCGAGUCGAAUUCAGCUGCAUCUGAAAGCCAUUUGAACACACAUCGUCAGUCAGCAAGAGUGUCUGUUGUGACUGCUAUGCAGAUAGAAAAACCAUCCAAUUCACAGCGAGAAUAUCCUGCAAAACUCUUGGCAUGCGAUUCUAUAGUCGAUACGCCUCCAGCUGCUCGAAAAACCGGACAUCAUUUACGGACACUUCUUGAGCAUUUGUAUCAAAUGCACCAGCACAGCGACCCACCCACAGAAACUCAGUUUGUCAAUGCUAUCAAGGCAGUAAGGAAGAUGUUGGCUGAUACGGUCAUCAGCACUUGGGAGGAACCUGUCAAUGAAUUGACGUUGGAUUUGUUGGUAAACCAGUAUCUUGGCGGAGCAGAAUCUCCAACUGCGCUAGAGUGUGGGCUGUUGCUGAGUGAUUUGGUUGAUAGAGUAGAAGGGUGUGAUGUGUAUUUGGCUCGGAACGAUCUCUACAUCAAACAUCUCUGGAAAAAUUCAGCACUUUCAAACCAACACUCGUCUAAAUCUGUCUUGGUUAAACUACUCGAUCGACAGCUGAAUCCAUCCACAACAAUACCUUUAAAUAUGGCAAUUCUUUUUGCACAGGAAAUAACCGAAUUUGGAGAAAAAAUGGACAACACAGAGAGCGAAACGUUGAGUUUGUUGGCAACACUGUCUAGCAUUCCAAGUUAUCAAACUAGCAUUAUUGAAUUUUCUGGAUUUGCUAAUCUAUGUGCAAAACUUGUAAAAAUAUCAGCAUCAAUGAAUAUGGAUCAUGUAGGAUGUGCUCUCCGAAUCCUAUUCAAUAUUGUAAAAGAUUCAAAGUUGCAAGAGCAGUUGUUCAGUGAUAAAAAUAUAAAACGCAUUUUAGAUAUCGUAUUUGAAGUGUGCGAAGAAGGAAACACGCCACUAGAGCUACAAAAGUGUAUGAUCGAUUUGAUGAUAUGUAUGCUUGAAUCAAGUACUCUGUCGACCGACUCGAAAAAAUUGUUUAAUGAAAAAUUGCCAUUAGUCGAGUGGAUUAUCAAAGGGUUGUGGCAAGACUGUCAGCUAUUUGAUCGCGUUUUACGGUUGAUGGCUGCAUUAUCGAAAGAGUUGCCAUUAAUGAGCAACGUAUGGAUAUUGUUGCGGGAAUUAGACUAUUCACUAUUUUCUAAAUACGUCGAGUCGCACAAGCUGCGGUUGACUACGAGCCAUUUCUGUUGGGCUCAUAUAGCUUGUUUGAUAGAUUGUCUAUCUCGUCAGACAUCAUCAACAAUCCUUUUAAAUGAGGAUCCUAAAUUGCAAAGCAUUGCAAUACUUUAUCAAUUGUUUGGCAUCGUGUGGAAUACUAUUACUUAUGUUUCAGAUAACUGGCCUUCACUUGACAUUUUAUAUCAACUCCCUACCAUGUCUGCCAAAAUGCAUGAUGCCUUGCAUUCGUAUAUUGAAUUAUGGAUUUUAAUUCAUAAAGAACGAGUUUUAUUGGAUGAAAUCAGACCAAUUGUUGGAAGCAUCAAUGAUCGUCGUGCUCAGCUUCAAACAUUUUUAGACGCAUUCAACCAGUAUGAAUCAGCCAAUCCAAUUAUGCAUAACACAGUAAUUCUAUUGCUUUCUGUGGAGUGGUAUACAGAAAUGGUUUUGAAUGUAUCUACAUUGAUGGUGGAUUGCCUUUUUGCGUCAACAUCCCUUUCACGACUGUUUUGUAAUCGCGUCAUAUCACCUAAAUAUGAAAUAUAUAUGCACAAUCUUCAAGUCAAUACUAACCAAACCGAGUUUGCCAGGAUUAUGAGAAAGUUGCUUGGUCAUCCUGAUAUAAUUACAUUAUCAGUAGAUCAAUCAUCACAGACUGUAUCGCAGGAGCUUCCCAAAAAAGAUGAUCUUGCACCAAACUCGCCACCUCCGCAUUCAUCACUAGGCUCAUCCAUCGGCGCCAUUGAUCAUGAUUUUGUCGAGGAAACUCAAAAUGAACUUGACCAAGAAGCUGUAUGCACACAGAAAAGUAACGUGCGUCAUUUUGCUUCAGCACAAGCUACAGAUCAUCAUAGCACGGAUGAUCUGGAAGCUCGAUUUAGACGCAUGAUGAAUGAUUUUAAUCAUGCUACAGAGCUCCAUCAAGUAGUAUCUGAUAAAAACACUCGAGCACUCAAAGUCGAGUGUGAAACAUUACAGCGUCAAGUUGAGCAAAAAGUACUUGUAGUAGCUCACAUGACAGCAGAAAUUGAUCGAUUAAAGAAAAUGGCUGAUAAACAGGCUUUACUUGUUCAAUCCAAUGCUGAACUUCAAGAAAAGCUGGACAAGGCUACUUUUGAACUAGACGAGACUAGGAAUCAAAUUAAAAAAUCGUCAAAUGAACGAAAUAUGCAAGCGGAAGUUGCUUUAAAACAACUUCGUCGACAAAAAGCAACCGACGAGAAAAAGAUUCUACUUUUGCAGUCUACAUGCACUGAUCAGCAAUCAUUGAUUGAGGAUCUGGAGAGAGAGUUGCAAGAUCAAGAGCAAUAUUGUAAGGAUUUAGUUGGCCAUGUAGCGCAAAAUUCCACAUUGCAGAGCAGACCGAAUACAUGGAGUUUAGCCGAGCAUAAAAAGGAAAUCAAAACAUCAACAUCAGAAAACUCGAUUAAAUCGAGUCGGGUGCCUGGUGGAAUUGAAGAUAUUGAUGACGUAAUUACAGAUGAGACUGAUUCAGGAGCAAGAGUGCCUAGACAUGGUCGAAAUUUAGGUGCAUUCAUUAAGAAAUAAAAUGCAAGUGAAAA